AUGAGCCUUGAAGUUCGACUGACGAAUGUCCUGCAGUGCCUGCAGCAAAAUGGCCUGUCGGCAGCAGGAUUCGUCAGUGGAGUUUUGGACAGCAGGCAUACUGUUCAUGCCAACAGCCAAGAGUCAUUGACAAUGAACGCGGCUCGUAUUUGUGCACAGCUAUACAAUGACAAGAACUCACAACCAUUGGUUUUUGCCUGGGCAGCAGGAACAUUAUGUGGAGAGCUGUGCAAGGAGGAUGAAGACAACAACGGGGCAUUUGACAAGUGGCCGAAAAAGCGGCAGCGUCAUGCGGCUGAAAGGAAUGUUGCAUUGCAAACCAUUAAAGCUGUGGUGAUGAUCAGCAUAUGGCUGCAAAGCACAAAUGAACAAUGCAACUGCUUACAAGGCUGGAUGGGCUUUUUUAUGAAGUCGACCUGCAUUCCAGAGAAGGUCAUUGAAGUCAUGGCGCAUGCUGGGCUGUCCGUCAGCCUCUCAACCAUAUAUAACAUGGUGACAUCUAUUUCCAAGGAGAUUAGCUGCAACAUCAAAAAGGAAGUCCACACACUCCGUGCUGCAUUUGCAUAUGACAAUUUUGAUAUCACCUUCAAUGUUGCCCAGCCAACACUCGAAACACGCUCAUCCUUCAUCAGCAUGACAUCUGCCACUGUAAUUCCGUUGUAUGGCAUUGAUGAGAGUAAUGGGGAGGUAUUGCGAUGCUCAGCAAAGUUGUGGGCCUCCGAUCCAAGGAACCCAUUGCCGUCAUCAUUCCCGGUGAUGAACGAGAUUAGAAGCUUUUUAUUGCUGCACAAAAAGGACACCUACAAUUGGCAAACCAAUCCAACACAGCCAAGCCCACGAGAGGAGGCCUUUGCAUGGCAUGUUCACGCCAUUCUUGUCCAAUAUGGUCGAAGCUUCAAGCACUUUGUUGACAAACUCGGCGAACCUGAAACCGUUCAGAAGAUACCUGUACACAAAACCAAUCAGAUUCCCUGCCGCUCAAUGAAUAUCAAGCAGUCUACCACAGAUGGAAAUGUCGAAGUCUUGGUCAACUUAUUUCGACAGGGUGGCAUCGGGGACAAAAGCGAGAAUGACUUUGAUGCAGAACAUGACGUUGACAUGUCAGAACAUGUGAUUCUGGUUCACGGAGACCUUCUAACAAAGGAACAAGUAGAUAGUGUGCAGAGCAGCCGAAAAAUUGAACACACACCAAAAAAUCGUCUCCAGUAUGUAAUUUUCCUCCCAGGACUUUUCCACUACAAGAUGGCAUGUGCAGACACAUUGUGGCACACAUACAUUCAGCCAAAGGAGGGGUGUGAAGAUGAGAAUAGCCUGUAUCAGCACAUUGGCAUCCUUCGACCUGAUGAAACAGGAAAGAUGGUCAGUAAACCAGGAUUUCGGCGGGUCCAUGAUGUUGUUCAUCAUGACUUCUGGGCAUCAAUGCUCAACUGCUGGCGUCUUGAAGCAGAGAGCUGA